AUGGCGUCAGACGUCCAGUACAAGACCAUUGAGAUCGACUCCGUGAAGAUUUUCUAUCGAGAGGCAGGAUCGGCCUCACUUCCAGGGCUUUUGCUUCUUCACGGCCACGCCUCUGCCUCACACACGUUUCGAAACAUCUUGGUGCAGCUCUCUGACACAUUCCAUGUUGUGGCGCCAGAUUAUCCAGGUUUUGGCAACUCUGAUCGGCCUGAGCCGAAGAAUUAUCCUUACACCUUUGCAAACAUUGCCAAUACUAUCGAUAAGUUCACCGAGCAGGUUGGUUUGACCAAAUACAGUCUAUACCUCUUCGACUUCGGAGCACCUAUCGGACUCAUCAUGGCUUCGAAGCAUCCCGAACGCAUCAGGGGAUUAUUCACGCAAUCUGGAAAUGCGUAUGUUGAGGGGCUGGCACCCGCAUUCGACGGCAUCAAGGCACUGUGGGCCGAUCCUGAGGACCCAGCAAAAGUUGAUGCUCUCAAACCUAUCUUUUCGCCCGAGGGCAUCGACUGGGCUUACAAACAUGGUGUAGAGCCGCCUUCUCGGGUCGGCCCCGAUGCGCCGGCUUUGGAUGCCUACUACACAUCUCGUGAAGGUGCGGUCGAUAUUCAGCUUGCCCUCUUGCGCGACUAUGAGAACAAUGUCAAGUCGUAUCCCGAGUGGCAGGCAUAUCUGCGAGAACACAAGCCAAAGGUCGUGGGAUUGUGGGGCAAGAAUGAUCCAUUCUUUGCCUCUCCCGGCGCAGAAGCUUUCAAGCGCGAUGUGCCAGAUGCAGACAUCAGUAUCAUCGAUGCUGGUCAUUUUCUCAAUGAGACUCAUCCGCAAGAGGUUGCCAAGGCACUCAAGAAGCUGCGUUGA